GUUCCAACCGGUUCGUCUCUUAGUGUACUAUCACGCGGUGACCGGCUCAGAGUGUUGUUGGUGCUCAUGACGCCGUUGCCGACAUAAUCUCCUACCGUAUCGAGUAAUUUAUUCCAAUACUAACCACUUUUCAACCAGAAACCUUCUCGUGCUCUCUUCUUUCUCUUUUGUUGUUAUCACCACUAAAAUCCGUGUCCGUUUUUGUGCGCCACUGCUGUGAUAAUAUCAUCACCAUUGAAGCUAAUCAAAAGCAAAAUAUUCCGAAAUUGAAUUCGUGGGAGGCAAACUCGAUACUUUUGCUAUUGAUAUGGUUGUGGAAUCUAGAAGAAUAUAAAAAUGAUUAACUUUAAAUUAUCAUUGACUUUUGUUUGUUUCGUGGUAUGUUUUACUCAAGCGAUGAACCCAGUAAAGAAUUAUAGUGGGUUCAAAAUAAGUCCAAAUUCUUUACGCAUGAUUUAUUAUCACGAUCAAACCAUAGCAGUAGUAGAGGUCGGUAAAGGCAAAGAACUACUUAAUUGUGAACUCAUCGAGAUUUACAAUGAUGAAGAAGGUAAAAGUAUAUUAAAGAACUUGACUAAAAUAAAUAAACCACUUCGAAUUACUUUACAACAAAUGUUAAAUUUAAUGGAACAGUGUGAUUUACUUGAACCAAACACAGAUAUCAACAAAAGUAUUUUAAAGACAAGAUCGCCUGGUGAAAAUGUUGAUACAACAAAAGUUGAAACAUCUACUCAAAGUUCUUUGUACUCUGGAAUAUUACCAGGUACCAAAUGGUGUGGUACUGGUGAUUUGGCGUCUACGUUUUUCGAUCUUGGACCAGAAACAAAAUUAGACAUGUGCUGUAGAACACAUGACUUAUGUCCAUCAAAGGUUAGAGCACGUGCUAGAAGAUAUGAUGUAACAAAUAAUUCCAUGUACACAAAAUCACAUUGUAUGUGUGACCAAAUGUUAUACAAUUGUCUUAAAAAAUCUAAAAAUCCUACUGGUGAUCUUAUGGGAAGUAUUUACUUCAAUAUCCUUCGCGUACCUUGUGUAGAAGAAGGAAAAAAUGGGAAAAUGAUUUUUAAACUGCCUCCCGGAUAUUAAUUUUAAUAAAUUAAACUGUAAAACUUCAAAGCAACUUUUUAUUUGUAGUAAAUUUUUAUCUUUUUAUAUUUUUUGUAAAUUUAUUACUAGUAUAUGUAUGUUAUGAUUAGUUAUUUUUUUAAUAAAUAUAUAUACAUAUAUAAUGUAUAAUAUAUAUAUACAAAUUAUUUUUUAACUCAACAAAAUAUUUUUUAAAUAUUAUGUAACCCCUACCAUAAAGGAAUACUAUUUUUUAUAUUUAAAUAGAGACCGUUAAUGUAGUGCAACUAAAAAUCUUUGGGUAACUGUAAUUUGAUAAUAAUUGGCAUUGUAGAAGAGAUGCGCACAAGAGCUCUCCCGUUAAACGUUUAUA